UUAACCUCAACCCCUCAGUAAUGUGUAUACAUGACAUAUAAAUGACAUUUAUAUAUACGACAGUGAAGUAUAACAUCUGAAUAUUAAUUUAUAUAGCUUAAGUCAACAUUGAACAUAAGGGAACUGUCCCGGUUUACUCGCCCAAAAUACGGGAAAAUUUCAACAUUCAUCUUUCUGUUGCUAUCCCUCUGCUGACAGCAAAAACUGCUGCAUUAACUAAGCUACUUGUGAAGCUAGGUCAUACGUGACUUUGCUUACAGAUUGGGGUGAAAUCGUGCUCUCACAACAACCACGCUGUUAUCUUAAAAGGCUCUUUAUUAACUCUUUUUUCAUAUGGAUCCUAACCGUUAAUAGUUCCGAUUUUGUCCACAUACCGGUCCCUGCUUCCCUGUUUAACGUAUCCCAGUAAAUUCCACAUCCUUUUCCGGAUUUUAACAUCUUUUUUCUUUCUUUUAAUACUCCCAACUCCGCCGCUUCUCCUCGUUCAACUUGCUGUAUGUUUACAUUCGCGAGGCCACCAACAUGGCCGCGACGUCCCAGAAUGCAACGCGGCGCCCAAGCCCUAUAUUUAAAGUGACAUCCUAACCCAAACCCCAAAUCUACGCGAAAAUAGUUUGUUUCCGGGUGCCGUAUGCAGCAUGUUCAUUUACUUUUAUUUUGUAUUUAAACUGUGAUUUGGACACUGUGCGCAUCAAAUAUAGACCCGUAUCUUAAAGAGCUGUGUCUGGGAAGUCUGCGACUGCAGCAUUGACUAAAGUGACCGCAAUCAGGUCCGGCAGUGCCGCACACGCAUAAUUCUAAGGAUGAGAGCACUAAGAAAGAGCAACAAGAAAGUUUCUAUCGGUCUCCAAUGCUGCUUGAACCUCAGAAGUAAAGAGACUUUUAAAAAGCUUGUCCAUAUCAACACCAUCAAUGACAAGGUAAGCUAAUGUUGCUAUGGUUACAAUCCAUAUACAUAAUAGAUUGCUAUGCUAUUCCUAUGCUAUCUACAGUUUUAUUACAAACAGCAACCUAAACUACAACAUAACAUUAAUGUAGACUUAAACAUGGUUAUCUAAAUAUAAUUUAGCACAUUUAAACAUCACUAUUUAAAGUUUUUACCAGCCUUUGUAUGGUAGCCUAUAUGCAUUGUUUGACAAAAAGCAGUGUUCCUCUGUUUGUCUUUGUUUUAUAUGUUAGUUAUAUUGUACUGAAAUGAGCUGUUUUCCUUGAGGCCUGAUCCUUUUUGAUAAGUUGAGUCAACCCAGUGCAUGCCAGGUUUGUGCUGUGAAUCUGAAUUAAAAGUGAAUUAAAGAAUAGAAAUGAAAAGAGGUUGCGUGUCUUGCCAUGUUAUUAGGCUAUAGAGACAGAGCGCGGUUAUGCAAAUUUGAAAACCACACCCACUGUCGUGGAAAACAAUCCAACCGUCUCCAUUGACUUUGUAUUGUGAGAGGCCGCCUCUUUGUCAUGUCUGGCUUAUAACAAAAAACAGAAUAAUGCCUAAAAGUUGCAUGUGUGACAAUAUGUACGGCUAUAUUAUACAAAUAGUUUCCACUGAACUAAUAAAUCCAACUUUAUUCAGUGUUAGCCCCGUAUUGCACAGUUUAUGACAAAUUUUCACAACACUUGUAUUCGUGUUCAUUUUCCUCAGUUCGUUGUAUCAGCCCAAAGGUCAUUGGUUUAAACCCAGUAAAUACACAUAAAACCUGUAGACCCUGUAAUGCAUUGUAAAUUGUUUUGAAUAAAAGUAUUGUAUUACUUUAGUUGAUGCUAUAAGGAUAGUUUAACAUCUCACCCAUUUCCAGGGCAUUAUAUGACACUUCCCUCUGGACGUUUAUGUAAACUCGCACACGUCAGGACUUGUGUUAUUUUUAAUGAGGGUGACCCUGAUCUCCCACACUUUCCUUUCUCGUCCAAUCAGGCUCUCAAAUGUAAAUCAUAUAUUUCCUACAAUACUGUGUUGCAGUACAUAAAGCGCUUGUUGAGCACACGCUCCUCACCAGAGGAAAUCCUGAUAUUGGAUUUUUAAUCAACCGCAAUAUAUGAAUCCGUUGAAGUUUUCUUCUAUUUGAGAAAAGUGCUGUUCAAGACAAAAACAUGUCGGCCGCACCUACUGCACCCCCUACUAGCAUGUUCGACACAAUCCCAGGAUAUGAGGGGACCCUGGCCGGCGGUGGUGGUGGGUAUCUUCCACCUCCAAUGCCCACUGUACCCAUGCCUGUGCCCGAACAAGCGCCAACUCCCCAAGACUGGCACAUUCCCUCAAUCUCAGAAGACAAAGCUCGUGAAUCUCUACAAAAAUACGUCUCCAGCAAGUGUUGCUAUAGAUCUGCACCUGUUAAAGACGGGGUGAUUACCAGCAUGGAGACUUUUAAUACCUACAGGUAUCGUUUGGAGAGUUUCACAGAGUCCAGAUCAACUGAAUGGAGUCAGGAGCCUUUCACAGGGCAGGUUGUGGAUGCUGGUAAUCAACCUGCACCAUCGCCAUGGCAGAUUCCUACUAAUCCUCCAACCUUCUUCAAUGACCAGACGCAGAACAUUAAAGUGCCUUAUACCUCCUCAGUCAAGAACUGUCACAAGUGUUUUGGAAUAGGAAGAGGUACCUGUAUCACAUGCUCUGGAGCUGGAAACAAAGUGUGUUGGUCGUGUAAUGGUUCUGGAUCUCGUCAGGCUCAUGACCGCUGCAUGACCUGCAGGGGUCGUGGUCGAACGAAAUGUAAUGCAUGUAAUGGCCACGGCACUCGUGAGUGUGAAACAUGUCAUGGGAAGAGACAGUUGCUCGUCUUCAUCAAUCUCACUGUUAAAUGGAGCACUGAAAAAGAUGAUUUCGUAGCAGAACAAUCAAGUGGUCUGAGAGUGCAAAACCUUGAAAGUGUCUCAGGGAAGCAGCUGUUUCAAAAUGCCCAAUACAUGCUGUAUCCAAUUAUGGGUUUUCCUGAUGCUUCUGUCGCACAAGCUUCUGAACGUUUAGUAGGAGAGCAUCAGACAAAAUAUGCCCAAAACUCCCGCAUAUUACAACAGAGACAGACAAUAGAGCUAAUUCCCAUUACCAAAGUGAACUACAAGUGGAAAGGAAAAUCCCAUUUUUAUUUUGUGUAUGGAAAUGAGUUUCAAGUGAGCGUUGAUGAUUACCCAGCCACCUGCUGCUGCUCUGUGAUGUAACACAACAAAUAUCAUCUGAUAUAACCCUACACAUUUAUAUACACCCAAAAAUACAGUACACACAACCACUACUGUAUAUACAGCAACACUGAUUUAUUUCAUCUGAGUUUGUUUUUAAGCAGCCUGUGUUUGUGUAAUGUCUGAAAUGAUAAAAUUCUGACUUGACAGUACAGACAUACAUUUGUGUUGCAUUUAAUUUCUUAUUUUCUUAUAACUGUUACUCAAAUGUUUAUAUACUGUAUAUAUUAUAUAUUCAUUCUGUUUUUUAGUUUUACCAAUAAAUCUAUUGUACAAUAUGUUUACCUUCACAAGGAUGCAUUUCCAAGAGUUGCCAUCUUAAGGUUUUAAACAUCACAGGUCAAUGUUGUAUAAAGC